CUGAGACCAGAGCCACACAGAGACCAGAGACACACAGAGAAAGACAUGGGAGGAGGACAAUCCACACCAUCACCAUCCCCAUCCCCACCUCGACCUCGUCCUCCACCCCCAUCCCCCUGCCUGAGCCAGCCGUGGAGAGCUCUGCUGGGGAGCUCGAAGGAAAACCUCAGCUUCAUGAAAUCUUACCAGCCAAGAAACCAAGAAGUCCAACACCUCAGGAUCCUGCUCCACGGCCCGGUCGGUGCAGGAAAGUCCAGCUUCAUCAACUCCGUGGAAAGUACUCUCCGGGGUCAGAUCUCUCAACGAGCUUCAACUGACGCCACCUCAGGGAGCAGCUUCACCCUGACG